AUGGCUAGAUACUAUCCUCGCCCAGGCUUCCAGCGCCCGCAUACAGAUGGCUCAGCCAGCCGCCAGACGUCGCCCUCGCCCGCCUCCAACUCGCAGACGCCUCCGAGCACCCCGCCGCCUACGCUCGACUAUGCCCCACGAGCCUCGGACGACAAGGCCCUGACGGCCUUUGCCCAGCUCGGGGCUCUUCGCCUCAAUGCCCGCCGCUGCCUCAUCUCCUUCUUCGACCGCAAGGACUGCUUCCUGCUGGCCGAGGCCACCAAGACGCUGUCCCUCGACACGGGCGAGGCCGAGUUUGACGACGACCGCCUGUGCUUUGGCACCACCAUUUUCCCCAAGGAGCAGAGCCUCUGCUACUACACGGUCAAUCUCGCCCCAAAGUACACGACGCUGCCCCUCGAAGACCCCAGCGACCUGCCGUCGCUCAUUGUGAACGACCUGAGCAAAGACCAGCGCUUCUGCAACUUUCCCUUUGUCAAGGGCCCGCCCUACUCGCGCUUCUAUGCCGGCGUCCCCAUUCGCAGCCCCACCGGCCACAGCAUUGGCACCUACUGCGUCCUCGACGAGAACCCGCGAGAUGGGCUGACGGAGCACCAACUUGCCUUCCUCAAGAGCAUGGCAGGCACCGUCAUGCGCCAUUUGGAGAGGACAAGGGCGGCCGAGGAUCACCGCCGGGCAAAGAUCAUGGUCAGGAGUCUGGGCUCGUUUGCCGAGGGCAAGAGCGGGCUGGAGAACUGGGCUCAGGAUCCGUGGGAUACCGAGCAGCCUGAAAUCACCAUUGACUCUCCAGAAGCGAUGCUCCCCCAACGCCAGCGUCCUGCUGCUACCACGCCUACGGAACAGCAACCCCCUGUGCUUAAUGGGCAUAGUCACAUUGACCUCAGCAUGGUCGGGCCGAUGAAUGAGACAACGCCGCCUAUCAAUCACCUCCCGCACACGCCAAGCUCGCCAACCACUAAGCAUCCGACGUUGGGGCCUAGCCAGAUUGUUGACCCUGUCCGCCCGGUUGCUACCGCUACCACCUCCUCGACCUCAACCAAGGGGUUCCCGCGGCCCAAUGAAAAGGACAGAGCUGCGCCAGAGCUUAGGGCCCACUUUACUCGGGCUGCCAACAUGAUCGUUGAUUCGACCGAGGCAGAGGGCGUUGCAUUCUUCGAUGCCAAGAUCAGCACAUUUGGCGGCCUUGUUGACGAUGACUUUGACCCCGAUCAGUUGCCCGAACCGGACAAACCCUGCGAGAUUCUGGGCGCGGCGCUUUGCAAGACGGACCGCGAUGUCAAGCCCCUACCACAAGCGGGUGAAUGCAUAUCGGAGAGCGUCUUGCGACACCUUCUUCGGCUCUAUCCUCACGGCCAAAUCUUCCAUCUCGACCAUGAUCCCUCGUCCCCUUCGGUCAAUUCCCCAUCCACUGGUCUGGAUGAGUUUGAGUCUUCUGACGGAUUUCCAUUCACCUCCUCACGUAAAACCGAGUCUUCAAGAAGUUUGGACGAUGAGGCGUACUUGAGACGAGUCUUCCCUACCGCACGCAGCUUAAUCCUGUAUCCGCUAUGGGAUCCGCACCGUGAGCGAUGGUUUGCGACAGCCGUCAUCUGGAGCUCUGAGCCAAAGAGAAUAUUCACAACCGAGCAGGAGCUAAGCUAUCUCGCAGCAUUCAGUAAUUUCGUCAUGGCCGAAGUUGCUCGUCUCGACACCAAGCUGGCAGAUGCUGCAAAGGCUGAUUUUAUUUCUUCCAUCAGCCAUGAGCUUCGUUCUCCCCUGCAUGGUAUACUCGGAAUGACAGAUCUGCUGAAAGACUCCUCUCUCGACAACCAGCAGGUAUCACAUGUUGCAACCAUUGAGACUUGUGGUAAAACUCUCCUGGAGACUAUCAACCAUGUCCUUGACUUUGCCAAGAUUAAUAAUUUAACACGGGGUGUCUCGAAACGACAGAAGAAGCGUACCCAGAGCGCCAAGCACAUAAUCAGUCCCGGCCGGGCUCACACCAACGACAUCAUGACGCUUAUCAAUGAUGUUGACAUGAGCAUUCUGACAGAAGACGUGGUUGAAAGCGUCUUUGCCGGUUACACGUAUGCAAAGACAUCUGCUCAAACAUAUGAACUCAAUGCGUCUACAACGAGCAAACAGCCAAUUUCCAUCAUUCUUGACAUUAACCAUAGUGAUAAUUACAUCUUCCGCACCCAGCCCGGUGCUUGGCGACGCGUAAUCAUGAAUCUGUUUGGGAACAGUCUCAAGUAUACGCCUGGUGGCUACAUCAAGGUAAAGCUUGAGGUGAAGCGAAAGCCCCACCAUGAAGAGGGAACCUGUGAGUUCAGGUUCUCCGUCACUGACUCUGGCAUUGGCAUGUCCGAGGACUACAUCAACAACAGACUGUUCCACUCGUUCGCCCAAGAAAACCCUCUGAGCCAGGGUACCGGUCUGGGCCUCUCAAUCGUCAAGCAGAUUGUCGAGUCGCUGGGAGGAGAGGUCGAGGUACGAAGCGAGAAGGAUCGCGGUACCAAGUUUGUAGUCACAUGUCCUUUGAAGGAGUCGCGUAUGUCUCCAAACUUUUGCGCCACUGGCCCAGAGUGCGAAAAGGACAUACAUUUACAGGAGGUUGCCAAGCGUACCAAGGGCUUGAAGGUGCGAUUUGACGGUUUCAACCAAGCAAAGGAGCAUAUCGUCAAGGACCUCAAGAACAAGAACGCGUCGAAGCUGUCUUUGAAGGCUCUAGUUAGCCUCUGUGCCGACUGGUUCGGCAUGGAGCGAUUCGAGCCAGGCGGCAACGCCUUGGAGCCGGACAUGAUUAUUGCCACUGAAUCCUGUGCCAAAGAGCUCCGCACUCAGUACAGCCAGUGUCCUGGAAAGAUUGCGGCAACGCCAGUCAUUGUCGUGUGCCAGGGAGCUGCUUCCGCGCAAUCAACUACAGCCAUCACGGUGCCAGGCAUCAUCUUUGAAUGUAUCGGCCAGCCAGUCGGUCCCCACAAGAUGGCAAAGGCACUCGCUUCAUGUCUCGAUCGACACUCCAAGCGAGCUGUCGUACACAAAACCACGAGCGAUUCAGCCCUUCCCAAAAUUACCGAACUUAGUCUUAAAGACGCCACGCCUUCUAAGUGCACCGAUCACGUGGGGGUCGAAGACGCGGUUCGACCACAGCUCACUAGCACUAUCAGUGCUCCUGAGAUACGGUCGGUUGCGGCUCGUCCCAGCAAGCCGUCGAAAUAUAAAAAGUCGACUCGGGCUUUGCGAUGUCUUUGCGUCGACGACAACCCCAUCAACCUCCGUCUCCUCCGCACCUUUGUCGACAAACUUGGUCAUGAGCACACCCUCGCAGCCGACGGUCUCGAGGCACUUGAAGCCUACAAAGCUGCCAAGAAUGAAGAUGAAUCUCGCAUUGACGUGGUUCUCAUGGACAUCAACAUGCCUGUCAUGGAUGGCCUCGAAGCAACACGCCAAAUCCGCGCCCACGAAAUCCGCCACAAUCUGCCCAAGGUCACAAUCAUUGCACUCACUGGUGUCGCCGAUACCGACAUACAACAAGAAGCAAACUCGAGUGGCAUCAACCUCUUCCUCAUCAAGCCCGUGCGCCUAGCCGACCUUGAAGUCAUUCUCAAGGGCGUAGUCACCGGACAAGACAAAGCGAACCUAGAACUGGAGGCUGAGAAGGAGAGGCUGAAGCUUGCAGAGACGAACGCAAUUCUAAACGUGAAUGGUUCAGACGAAAAGUCAAGGAGCGUCAACUUUGGUAUAGCAGUCGGCAAAAGCGAGGAAACGGUGCACAAAACCGUCAAGCUGCAAGACCAUCAAAAGAGGGUGUACAUGGCUUGA